AUGAAUGCUAACAGGACAGAUUGGGCAAGAAAGUUAGAUGAUGCGCUAUGGGCAUAUCAAACAGCUUUCAAGAGACCUAUUGAUCAGAUCAAUGAGAUGGAUGAGUUCCAUUUAAGAGCAUACCAGAGGUCUGCACUAUAUAAGGAGAUGAUAAAGCUGUAUCAUGAUAAUCAUAUUGAGAAAAGGACCUUUCGUCAUGGUGACUUGGUGUUGCUUUUCAACUCCAGACUUUGUCUGUUUCCUAGGAAAUUUAGAUCCAAAUGGUCUGGGCAGUUUAAGGUAACUCAGGUAUUCCAGUCAGGUGAUAUUGAACUUAAGAAUGACAAGGGUUUGAGGUUUAAGGCCAAUGGUCAGUGUAUCAAGGCGUACUUGGGUGUUCCAGAAGAAGUGAAAAUAGUGGAGGAAUGCAAGCUUGAUGAAGUUUGA